UAUUGUAGUGUACUCCGAGAAGAAAACAUACAUAUACAAUUCCCAAGGAAGUAUUUGGAAUUUCAAUUGCAUCGUCUUGAUGGCCAAGCUCAUCGGCCCUGCUCAUGCACCAACACUGCUCUCGCUGCUGCUUCUGAUGUGCUUUUCUAUCCAUGUACAUUGCCGAAUCAUGGAUGACAAAGUCAACAAGAAGAUUAAUUUACCACAUGGAUUGUGCGUGCAUAAGAGCGGUGUAGACUGCUCAGGUCCAUCUCAUUGCGACUGUUGUUUAGUAAACAACCUCUGCUAUGUUUCAUUGGAGCAAUGCAUGGGUGCGUGCAAACAUACAUAUUCUUCUUCGGGCGCACUCGAGACGUCGGCCCAUCCUCAUUUGCAAUUCCAUGCAUCCUGAUAAAUUUUAUAGUGUUCCAUUUGAUGAUGCUAAUGCGCCAGCUGAUGCGGAAUUUGAAAAUAAAGAACAAUGUUGUGAUUUUUUUAUUGAUGAAGUUCAACUGCUCAUCGUUAUCAUCA